CGUCUCUUUGUGUUUUCUCCUGUGUAGCGGCUGCUCCUGCGCUGCUGUGCGCCGCUGUGAGGGCGGGGUGCUCACACGGACUGUCAGAAAGAGCGCAGCGCAGCGCUUGAGGGGGGAAAAAGUCUCGCGCUUGCACAGGAGUCGCCUGGUCACGCGCGCUGUACCGGAGCCGCCACCGCCGCCGCCGCCUUCAAGCGCAGUAUAAUGGAACUAUCAGCUUUAUCACCAUGUUUCUUUUUAACGGUUGUCGCUCUUACGACGGCUUUAGCGAGCAAACUAAACGUCCCACGUCUUCGCCUCUCACACAAAGACCUGGUGGCCACUAAUCGUACCUCCAUCUUCACUGGCCUGCAUGGGGACCUGCAGCUGUCGGCCAUGUUUUUGGACGAGUAUCACGACAGGCUCUUUCUGGGAGGGAAGGAUGCUCUCUACUCUCUUAGACUGGACCACACACACACUGAUGCUAAAGAGAUCCACUGGCCAUUGCCUGGGAACAGAGACGACUGUAUCUUAAAAGGAAAGGACCCAGAGACGGAGUGUGCUAAUUUCGUGCGUCUUCUACACCCCUUUAACCGGACUCACCUCCUGGCAUGUGGAACUGGAGCUUUCCGACCCGUGUGUGCUCUCGUUUACGUGGGACAUCGUGGCGAGCAUGCGUUCUCACUGGAGCCUUCCAGUGUGGAAAACGGGAGAGGACGAUGCCCUCACGACCCCAAACUCCCAUUCACCAGCACCUUCACGGGUGGGGAGCUGUACACAGGUCUGACGGCUGAUUUCCUGGGACGUGACUCUGUCAUUCUGAGGAGUUUGGGGCAUCGAUCUCCCACGAGAACCGAAACGGACCAGAAAAUAUUACACGAACCCAGGUUCGUGGCUGCACACCUCAUUCCAGACAGCGCAGAUAAAGAUGAUGAUAAAGUCUACUUCUUUUUCACUGAAAGAGCGAGCGAGGCUAAGGAGAGAGAGGGAGAGGCAGCAAUACACACACGCAUUGGACGAGUGUGUGCGAAUGAUGUUGGAGGGAAGAGAGUACUGGUGAAUAAAUGGAGUACGUUUAUUAAAGCUCGAUUGGUGUGUUCUGUUCCUGGACCUCACGGCAUAGACACACACUUUGACCAGCUGGAGGACGUGUUUCUUCUGAGGACAAAGGAUGAAAAAAAUCCAGAAGUUUAUGCCAUUUUCAGCACCAUCAGCAACGUGUUCCAGGGCUAUGCUGUGUGUGUGUAUAACAUGGCUGAUAUUCGUGAGGUGUUCAACGGGCCCUUUGCUCAUAAAGAGGGACCGGAUUACCAGUGGGGACCUUAUGAAGGACGUGUCCCAUAUCCCAGACCUGGAGUGUGCCCCAGUAAAAUCACUGCCCAGCCCGGCCGUAUGUUUGGCAGCACUCUGGAGUUCCCAGAUGCUGUGCUGCAGUUUGCUCGCUCUCAUCCUCUCAUGUGGCGGGUUGUGUACCCAACUCAGCAUCAGCCCCUGCUCUUACGCACUUCCACAUCCUACAAACUCACACACAUCACCGUGGACCGCACGCUGGCCGAGGACGGCCCUUACGACGUCAUGUUCAUCGGCACAGAUGUUGGCACCGUCCUGAAGGUCAUCGCACUGCGCAAUGGCAACUCAAUCACCAGUGAAGAGAUCACGCUGGAGGAGCUGCAGGUCUUCAAAGUGCCCACUCCCAUCACCUCCAUGGAGAUCUCAGUGAAGCGGCAAUCUCUGUUUGUGGGCUCGAGUGCUGGCGUAGCGCAGGUUCCACUGCAUCGCUGCAGCAUGUACGGUAAAGCAUGUGCCGAGUGCUGCCUGGCACGAGACCCCUACUGCGCCUGGGAUGGACACACCUGCACACGCUAUUUUCCCAGUUCUAAGCGUCGCUACCGCCGGCAGGACAUCAGACACGCAAACCCAGCAUUGCAAUGCAAAGACCAGAACCAGAGUGUGGAAGAUGUGGACAUAACUGAAAUGCAGGUUGUGUACGGCACAGAGAACAACAGCACCUUUCUGGAGUGUGUACCUCGAUCUCCACAAGCCACCGUCACCUGGCACAUCCAGCGGGAUGAACAUCGGGAGGAGGUGGAGCUGGAUGAGCGAGUGGUAAAAACAGAAGAAGGUUUGCUAUUCAGGCGAGUGUUACGACACGAUGAAGGCGUCUAUGUGUGCCGCUCUCGGGAACAUGGAUUUUCUCAGACGCUGUCACGUGUGUGGCUGGAUGUGUUACAAGGGGACACACUGGCUGACUUACUGUCACAAGACAGUAAACACAAGGCUUGGUCUCCAUGUCCCUCCCAUACGGGCUCAGCUAACCGAACGCCAUCCAAGGGUUGGUUUAAGGAUGUCUUGCAGCUGAUUGGUCCAUCAAACCUUCCUCAAGUAGAACAAUACUGUGAGCGCGUCUGGUGCAAUGAAAAACUGCGGCGGAAGCACAAGAACAUGCUGGACAAAUACAGGCAAGCGCAAGAUGUAGCACGGAAAACCAGAGUCAGUAAGAAUGUCGGGGAACGGCAUCGUAUGCCACGAGACACACACGCAGUAGAGUGACACACACACACACACACACACCUAGAGAUGAACUCAUGGACAAAGAGACGAGGGUUAGUAUAAUUUUAUAAAACACCUCUCAAGCUGAAAGACGUUGACAUUCAAACAUACAAGUGGAAUGUGUUUACUGUCUCCAGAACUCUGCAUAACUGUGGAGCAAAUUUUAUAUUACAUUUUCUUUAUUAACGUAUUAUUGCGAUGUCAUUUGUCAGAAUUUGACGACAGUUGACGUAUCAACAGAAGAAAUAGACAAUAUCUGGGCGCACACACAUACACAGACACACACACAGACGUAUCCUUUUCCUCUAUAAAAAUUCAGUUUACUGUAGUUUUCUACUGUAUGUGCUGAGAAGAUCUGGGUGUGUUCAUAACAUCACUCUCAGAAGGCUGGAGUCAAGCCAAAUACCUUCAUGAUCAUCCAGGUUUUAAAAGCGCUUGCAGUAUUUGUAUUUUUGAUUUCUUUUAUUUUUUUGGACCAACUUUUUAACCUGAACUUUUUGAAGCUGUAAUUUGCCUAUUUAUUUGGCUUUUACUGCAAACUACUGGUUAUAAGUGGAUUAUUGUAAGGAAUAAAACAUGAUAGGGUGUGCAGUUAAGGGAAACUGAUCAACAAUGGGGUGAUGUGGGGCUAGUACCAGUUGUGUAGUCUUGAAGUAUUUAAUUCCUCUUAUACCACAGCAAUUUGCCAACACUAACAAUGCUGUAUUUAUUUAAGAAAAGAAAAAAAAAAGAAAGGAAAAAAGACACACCAUGCAUUAUAUCCGUUUAUAGUUACAUUUAAUGUUGUGGAUUGUCUGCAAUACAGGUUAGUUCUUGUUAUUACUUAUGUUAUUGUAGCUAUAAGCAGCUGUUUCCUUAUUAACCCCCCUUUUCUAAUCCCUUUUUAAAUUAAUAAGAUAAGCGCAAUGUCCAUUGUCUGACUGAAAACCUUUACGAUGACUGUGACAAAGUGGUGACCCUGGAGACUCCUUCCAAAAAUGCUAAGAAAGUUCCUUAAGAAAGUUCUCUCGUAUUAAUGAUUAAACACAUUGUUAAUCAUUUUAUGUGGAACGUCUGCCAUACAAGUCCCUGUGUAAAUUGUAAAUGAUGUUGUAUUCGAAUGAGCACAUUAGUAUAAAACGUGCAACCAGGACUACUGUCCAAGCGACACUGUUAUAGAACAGCAUGUGAGAUUCAACUAUACAACAGUACGGAAGCCCUAAGAGGCCAUAUGCAUUAUUUUUUCCCCCCGCUUUCUUGUUUUCUUGUGAUUUCGACAUAGCAAAAGUUGUUUUCUCACGACGUAAUUUUAUCACGGGAAAAUCACACGCCUUGUGAAUGGGACUGGUGUUGCAUGCACAUUGGCGUCUUCACCAUCACUAUCAUAAAUGUAAUAAUUACCCGCUGUAGAGAUGGACUUGAUCUCCGCAUUAAGAGAGAGGGGUGUGCUCUUCUCAAGUGUCGGGCACUAAUGUGGAAGUUGUCAGUCACUGACAGACAUAGACGUAUUUCAGCUUGAGUGAGUCCCUGAUCAAAGUGAAAAUUAAUUUGUUCAUCCACACUGUAAAACCGGAUAGUUCAUUUAACUCAAAAAAUUUUAGGAAACUAAUUACCUCAAAAUUUUUAAGUUGAUAAAUCAAUUUCUUUAAGCCAAAUACACUUAAAUAUAACAAAAAUUUAUUUUAAAUGACAAAGUUUGAAUGAAAUUUUUGCUAUAUUUAGUGUAUCUGGCUUAAAGAAAUUGAUUUAUCAACUUAAAAGUUUUGAGGUAAUUAGUUUCCUAAAAUUUUCUGAGUUAAAUGAACUAUCUGGUUUUACAGUGCAUGAUGCUGCGGGACUGCUCUAAGCUUAUGCUGCAUCCAGAACAUUAAAAACAACGUGUUAUGUCGAGUACACAGAAAAACGAAGUCGUGAUCACGAGAAAACAAGUUUUGUUAUGUUGAUACCACCAGAAUACAAAUAUGGUUAAUGCGAGAUCAUGAGAAAACAAAAAAGAAAGAAAAAUAAUAAUGCAUGGCGUCCUCUUGGGGCUUCCGUACAACAGCGAUGUGGUGUAAAAAAAAAAAAAUUAACAGAAAAACAAAAUCAGUUUCAUCUUCAUAUUUUCUUAUAACUCUAGCUUUCUUUUGCUUUACUCUCAGAAAAAAAAAAAAAAAAAACCCUGCUUUUUGGUGCACAAAUGUUACACCUCAUUAGGGGGGGUCACUUUUCUAACUUUUGUAAAAGCUUCUAGAGGAUGUACAAAAGCUAUUUAAUUGGAAUUUGAAGGUUUUGAAGGUGUAUUUAAAGGCGAGGAAUGAAAAUGUUACCUGUAUGUUGUUAUUUCUGAUGGUGUAACAUUUCAGCUGUUCAUUUUUCAUGUACUGCUGUAAUGUAAGGCAUUAUGUGAUGUGCAGACUAAGGCACUGUUAAAACACUGAAUUUCAAAUAUAAUUUAAGAGUCAGGUAAUGUGGUACAAUAUGCUUAAGCAUCCAGAUUGUUUUGGAAAUAGAAGAAAGAUUUCUUUUAAAAAACCCUAUUCAGUUGUACAAAUGAAGAAGGAGCCAAGCCUUCAUGGUUGUUUGGUUUGAAAUUUUUUUUCCCCCUGUUAAGCCUAGCUGCUUUUACAUCACUCAGUUUAAUGAUUCAUUUGUUCUAACAGAAGUCUGGAAACACACAAGUUGUUUUCUUUGAAAAUAUUGCUGUUGAUCUAAUCUACCCUGAUUCAGAGACCAUCGACAGAAAAAAAGAAACUUUCAGAACAUAGAUCAAUCCGAAUCUUUUGCUGCCGCACUACUAGCUUUUCAUAAUGCUAUAAAAAAUAACAUUAUAGCUGUUAAUGGCAUUCAUUCAGUUUUCCAACAAAUGACUGGGUUCAGCUUAAUGCAUCCAUUUACAGUCUGUACAUUUUUCACAAGUCAUUAUUUACUUUUGUAGUGUCUACAUCAACGUCUGGUGGUUAUCGUGAAACACGGCAUAUAUGCACACUCCAGUUUCUAUUGCGAUUUAUCAUUACCGUUAAAAUUAUUUGUAAUGUUAGAUUUGACCCCCCCCCCCCCCCCCCCGAUAGAAAAAUUGCCACAUUUUUCUUUGUCACCCCUAAGCAUAGUUAGUUGAUGUUAACAAAAUACUAGUCUAAUGUUAGCUAAGUCGAACAUACACUAAUCAAUCCUAUUAUAUAUUUCAUAUUGAUGAACUCAAAACAUUUUCCAUUUACCUUGAAAGCGAUGCUGCAUCUUCGAGACAAGUUGCAAGAUUACCAAGACACUGGAAGGGGGUUUAGCUUCCAGGGUGUCAGUUAAUUAGUCCCUAGAGGAUUUUGCGAUCAUAUAAAUAAACGCAUAAUCAAGUAAACUCUGCAGUGUUCGAAGGAGCUUGCGAUUUUUCAAAAUUACCGCAGGUUUUUCCACAGAUUCGGACUGAGACACGUCAUGUGACGCCAUCACAGCGCGCAUUCAGCCAAAGCCCUCUUCAAUUCAUGUAGUAAAUCUAAAAGAUCUCAUUUAUCAACAAACAUCACUGUGAAAGAUCGUGCAAAACAAUUUUGCGCAAUUCCAAUUUCGCGAAUUCGAUUAGUUUUAUGAAAAAAAGCUCAGCAAGUUGCACGGCACAUUUUGAAAAAAGCUGCAGCAAAAAAAUUGUACGGGCUGGUUAAUAUAAGAGAGUCCAAAAGACUCAUCUGUGAUUUAUAUUCGUCUAGAAGAAAAAGAUUGAUCUUGGAGUGAUAACUCAGUGGUUUAAAGGUUGUCAAGCCUGCACUUGAGUAUACCCAACUGUGACUGAAUCUCACUGCAGAUCACAGAUGCACUAAGAAGAAUGGACACACGGUAUAAAUGCUCUAACCAUAAAAUAAUCCGUCAAUCAUUCAUUCAUUAUGUUGAAAUACUUAGAUUUAUAUUUCAAUAAUUUCCAGACUGUACACACAAAUAUUAUAACCAUAGCAGCUCCAUGGAUCUUCUUCAGAUUUAAUACUGGAUCCAAACCACUGAUUAAGCCAAGUUUGCAUUCAUAUGGACUGAUUUAACUAACAGAUUGAAAUAACACUGUACUUUCAUUUUAUCUGCAGAUAACACAUAAAAAGUGUGUGUGAAGAGUUUGUCUUGGUAUAUGUCAUGUAUUUAUGUCUUAUUUAAAACAGAUCCUUGCAUGCAGAGUGUACAGAUGUGGGUUUUGUCUUUAAAAAUAAAUGAAUAAAAUGGAAUAAAUAUGUUCCAGAUUGUAGAAAUGUCUAUCAUA